AUGUCGGACACCCACUACCAGUCAUUGGGGAUGUCGAGCGCCCUAGAGAAGCAACAAAAACAGAGCAGGCGCUCAAAAUGGAUUGUUGUUGGUUCUGUUAUUGCCCUUGUUGUGUUGAUCGCGGUCGGUGUUACAGUUGGAGUUGUGGUGUCGAACAACAACAAGGAGAAGAGCGGGUCGUCCAGUAGCAGCAGCGGGUCGAGCAGUGGAAGCAGCGGCAGCAGCUCCGGCAGCUCCGGCGGCUCAUCGUCCAACGAUCCUAGUGUCUUCGACAAGGACCCGAACCUCCACAAGUCGUUCUACGGCAUGGCCUACACACCGGAGGGAUCGCUCCCUGACUAUGGCUGCAGCAACAGCCUGGCUGGCACCAUCAAGGAUAUUCAAAUCCUUUCUCAGCUGACCUCCCGCAUCCGUCUCUAUGGAGCUGAUUGCAAUCAAACCGCCCUUGUGCUCGAGGCCAUCAAGCAGACAAAGGUCGACAUGCAGGUCUUCGUCGGAAACUACGUCGUCGAUGGUGAUCCGGGCGCUUAUGAGCGUCAGCGGGAAGUCAUCAAGGAGGCUAUCGAGACGUACGGCACAGAACACAUUGCCGGAGUCACCGUCGGAAACGAGUUCAUGCUCAACUAUGUCACCGGCCGUAGCUCGAACGAUGCCAACAGCGCCAUUGGGAAUGAAGGUGCUGCUAUUCUCAAGGCUAACAUUGAGGACACAAAGAAGAUGAUCGCCGACAUGAACCUGGACAAGACCAUUCCUGUUGGCAACUCUGACGCUGGAAGCUUCUUCAACACCCAAAUCAUGGAGGCCAUGGACUAUGGACUGUCAAACGUCCAUGCAUGGUUCGCGAACACCACUGCUGAGGACGCCUCCAAGUGGGUCACCGACUUCUUCGACGAGACCAAUGUCAAGCCUGCCGCCCUACUCCCCAAUAACCCCAAAAUGUACAUCGCUGAAACUGGCUGGCCAACUGACUCCAAGGACACUUCCAACAAGAAUAAUGGGGCCGCAGAUGCCUCCGUCCCGAAUCUACAAAUUUUCCUCGAUACUUUCGUCUGCCAAGCUAACUCUGCUGGAAUUGGUUACUUCUACUUCGAGCUCGUCGAUGAAGAGUGGAAGGACAUCAAAUACGGAGGAGUUGAGGGUCACUGGGGUCUAUUCACCAAAGAUCGCAAGCUCAAGGAUGUCAAAAUCCCCGAUUGCGCAGCUCCCUAA